AUGUUGAGCUUCUUCGGUCUCGACUCUGUCGGCCUGCUCGAUUUGUUGAUUGUUUCAUCAGGCCUACGGGGCAUGCUCUCCACCGCUUCGCUUUCACUAACACGACCUCGGGUCGCAACUUGCGUCUCGACUGGAGCAUCGGGGAGUUCUACUAAAGGACUUCGGCGGAAAAGAACGACAAUGCCCACUUCAUCCGAGACGACUAGAGUCGCCGAAGAUAAAAGAAGCGCAACCGGAAAUUUAGCACAGUGUUUGGGAUUUACUGUUUCUCAUCUCAACAAGACGGACAAAAACAGAUACAAUCCAGUUUAUCCGAUGGAUGCAUUAACCUGGAGUGGCUACGGCUAUAAGGACUUUGGAUUCCGAGAAUUGACCAAUAUCUACCGCGAGGGUCCUGUCAAUAUUCACGAGGAAGGCUCGGAGUCGUAUGCAUCCGCCUCCGUUUCGAUCAAUGAUAUCAUAUACAGUGGAUGGUUCAAGCCCCAAUCCUUCGAAGGAUUCACCGCCAAGUGCACAUUGAAGAAGCUUGUCUUUAGCUUCAAUGUGACGCUUCCUGAACGGAAGACUAUUAGGACUCGUGUGAAAGGCUUCCGCUUCCCGUCGGAUGACGAGUGGCAGAAGAUGAUCACGAUGAGCUCUUGUAAAGACUCAAUAUUCAAGAUUCGGAGGGAGAAUCGAGCUCCGACUAUGAAAGUUUUGAGAGGUUGGUUCAAAUACCACAUCGAGGAAUACGUGGCUUAUGCGUUCACGCCACCUCUGGAAUAUUCCUCCUCGAAGAUGAAGUUCUUUCUGAUGAUUGUGCUCUUGUCCGUCCUGAUAGUGGUGGUAUUCGCGGCUUACGGGUGUCCAUACAAGCAGUCUGAAUGCCGGAAGCACUGCGAUUCGGUCAAAAAUCGUAAAGGAGGCUACUGCAGUGGCCGUGAUCGGACUACCUGCAACUGCAUAAAAACCGCACGAUGA